AAAAUCGCAGCUCUUGACAUCAACUCCUCACAAAUCUCCCUUCUUGAUCACUUUUGAGUUUUGUCCGAACGCUCUGAAACUUUUGAGACCACCAAAUAAACGAUAAAGAAAACGAUUGAAACACACAUAACAAAAGAUCAAACACAUGGCUGAGAAUCUCACUUGUGGAGAAACCAGCGAUUCAUGGAUCACUGACAACGACGAUGAAACCAUCAUCCCUGGCGGCGGGUUUACGAACGAUAAUCACGAACUUUUUAGUAAAGAUGAUAACUUUAACCGCGACGGAUCAAUUCCGAUGAUGGGUUCUCCGUCAUCGCCGAGAGAGGAGAGAAUCAGAGAGAUGUUGGAGCGAGAGGUUGAGUUUUCGCCAGGAGAUGAGUAUCUCAAGAGGCUGCGUUCUGGGGAUUGGGAGUUACGUCUUAGAAACCAAGCUCUGGAUUGGAUUUUAAAGGCUUGUGCUCAUUACAAUUUCGGAACGCUGUGCAUAUGUCUUUCCAUGAACUACUUGGAUCGGUUCUUAGCAUCCUAUGACUUGCCAAAAGACAAGACUUGGGCUCUUCAGUUGCUAGCUGUCUCUUGCUUAUCAUUAGCAGCCAAAAUGGAAGAAUCAGAUGUGCCUCAAACUGUUGAAUUACAGGUGGGAGAUCCCAAGUUUGUUUUUGAGGCCAAAACGAUUAAAAGGAUGGAACUUUUGGUACUCAACACUUUGAAUUGGAGACUGCAAGCUCUAACUCCCUUCUCCUUCGUUGAUUAUUUCAUUUACAAGACCAACGGUCACGUUUCAGAGAAUUUGAUCUAUAGAUCGUCACAGUUCAUCUUGAACACCACUAAAGCAAUUGAAUUCUUGGACUUCAGGCCUUCUGAGGUAGCUGCAGCCGCUGCAAUGUCUGCUUCCAUUUCCGGAGAAAUAAAGUGCAUUGAUGACGAUAAGACGUUGUCUAAUCUCACAUAUGUCAAACAGGAGAGGGUGAUGGGAUGUUUGAGUCUGAUGAGGAGCCUCACAGGGGACAAUGUGCCCGGAGCUGCUAAAUUAUCGCCGCAGCAACCGAGAUUAACGGCAAGAGUGGUGCCAGUGAGUCCAAUUGGAGUGUUGGAAGCAACAUGUUUGAGCUAUAAGAGUGAUGAGAGAACAUUCGAGUCAUGUACCAAUUCCUCACAGAGUAGUCCAGACACCAACAACAACAAUAGCAACAAGAGGAGGAGAAAACAAUGAGAGAGGAAUAAAGUUUAUACUAUUGCUUUUCAACACCAAACCAUUAAGGGUCAUGACAUUUGAGGUUCUUUUCAUUUUUGGUUUAUUCCUUUUUUCACAUAAAUUUCUUUUUAUUUCUCUCUUUAAUUUCUUAUCUUCAAUCAAGAAAAUUGGAUUGGAAAUAAGAGUUUUGUGAGAGAGAGAAAAGAAAAAUAAAGAGGGAUCUGUAAGGUGGCAGUCAAUAAGUCAUUAUUGAGGAUGAUGAGGUUCAUGUUCUUGCUCCAAGGGAUUAUUUUUUUUGCCAUCAUUAAGAUAAAAAAUGUAUGAAAAUAACAAAGAUAAAGAGAAUUAGU